CGCGUUUGCGACGGGGCCGCCCUCGCGCGCGUCCCUCAUCUGUCGCCACCCCGAGGCGGCCUCCGCCCCGACGUCCGAAGCCGAAGGCCCUCGGCAGGUCUCCCAGGAGACGCGGGAGCGAGGCAGGGGUCUCCGACGCAUGCGCGCGUGAGGAGCCCGCGCCCGUGCCGGCGCGUCCGAACGUGUGCCUGGACCCAGGCCGGCGCAUGCGCGCGGGGUGCUGCGCCGGGACGGGCGCGCCCGGACCUGUGCCUGGGCCCCAGUCGGCGCAUGCGCGCGGCUGUGCGGCGCGGGCAGCCGGGGGGCGUUGCGGCCUGGCCUUAGACUGGGCUCUGGACUCGGGGCGCCGACCCUGCGGCCGCGUGGCCGGGCGCGGCUCGGUGAGCGCGGGCGCGCGUCUGCGGAGGUGGGCUCGGGCUCGCGCGGCGCCCGCGGCUUACUUCUCCAAGGCGUGUUCCCGUGACAGGCUUGGCGACGGCGGAUGCGGCAGGUGGUGAAGAUGAUCGCCGGCGUCGCCGUUCUGGGCCUGGUGCUGUGCGUCUCCCUGGCCUUCUGGCUUCUGUCCGUGGCCGCCAGCACCCAUUACGGGCUAGUGGUGGGAUUUAUCCUGACCAUUGCAAAUUUCAGCUUUUUUACCUCUUUGCUGAUGUUUUUCCUUUCUUCUUCAAAACUCACUAAAUGGAAAGGAGAAACAAAGAAGCGUCUAGAUUCAGAAUAUAAGGAAGGGGGGCAGCGGAACUGGGUCCAGGUGUUCUGCAAUGGCGCUGUGCCCACAGAGCUGGCCCUGCUGUACAUGAUAGAGAACGGCCCCGGGGAAAUCGCAAUAGACUUUUCCAAGGAGUACGCUGCUUCCUGGAUGUGUUUGUCUCUCUUGGCUGCCCUUGCCUGCUCUGCUGGAGAUACAUGGGCUUCAGAAGUUGGCACCGUUCUGAGUAAAAGCCCACCAAGACUGAUAACAACCUGGGAGAAGGUUCCAGUUGGGACCAACGGAGGGGUUACGAUGGUGGGCCUCGCCUCCAGUCUCCUUGGUGGUACUUGUGUGGGCAUCACGUACUUCCUCACACAGUUGGUUUUUGUUAACGAUUUAGACAUUUCUGCUCCCCAGUGGCCAAUUAUUGCAUUUGGGGGUUUAGCUGGAUUACUGGGAUCAAUUGUGGACUCAUAUUUAGGAGCUACAAUGCAGUUUUCUGGUUUGGAUGAAGUUACUGGCCUGGUGGUCAACAGCCCGGCGAGGGAGGUAAAGUACAUAGCAGGGAGACCCAUUCUGGACAACAAUGCCGUGAAUCUGUUUUCUUCUGUGGUCACUGCCCUCCUGCUCCCAACGGCUGCUUGGGUGUUCUGGCCCAGGGAGUGAACUUUAUUUCAUUUACAAAGGUUGGAACUGUGGGAUCCUUCAAGCCCCUCACGGGAGCUCCUCAGAAGCCAGCCUCCUGCUUCCAAGCCGUCCUCCAGAAGACUCAGAGGCCCAAACUGCCCAGCACAACAGUGGACUGAGAUGAACAGCCCUGAAACCCCCUGGAGCGGCUGAUCUCACUUCUCAACCACCCAGUCCUUCAUGGGAGCGGCAUGGACCACACCCAGGGCCAGGGGCUGCCCCACGUGGUGGUGGGCAUGGGUCAGCAGCCUUCACACCCCGAGGCAGCAGGAGGUCCACCUGAGAAGCUCUUCCAUGCUACUCCCCAGGCCCCAUUUCAGCAAAUGACCAUGCUGUCUUCAAUUCCCAGGAAGAUUUCUCAUAAAGCACGCUUGUAGUGGAACUUCUGGAACCUGCUUCACACCAGGCUGCCUCCCAUGAUCACCAUCAAACAGUCCCCUUUUGUCUAGGUUUGGGUUCCUGAGCUUCCUCUCCUUGUUUUGAGAGCUGAGGAGGAGCUGGCUGGGACGAGGAGCAUCCCCAUCAGGGUUUCAAGGGGGAAAGUGGAACCCCGGCUCCCUUUGCGACUAUCAGAUCCCCACCUGGUCAUCAGAAGGUGAGUGCCUUCUACCUGCCAGGCUGCAUGCAGGAGGCUGGGGCUGGUGCUAGGCACCUACUGACACAGGCAUGCAGGGAUGCUGGCAGGAGAAACACCCCUGGGCCUCUGAAAAGGGUCCAAAAGGGGCCAAUGGAGAUGUGUCCGAGGCAGGAGGAGGUCAUUCCCAGAGAUAAAAGAGAGGUGAGCUCAAAGCACCAAGUGCCAGUGCAGAACGGAAACAGAAACAGCUGGGACCCACCCUCCCCAGUCUCAAGGGUCAGAGAUGUUGACUAUGCAAGACUUCAAGUACGACUUUGGACACUACCCUGUUACCCUCUUUUGUUUUGUCCCCUUACAGGUACUAGUAUUAAAAUUUUGGAAAAUCCCAAGGGCUCUUGUGCUUAAAGGACAGUAGGGCCCGAGGAUGGAGCCAGGGAGUUCAUAGGCAGGAGGUCCUAGGGACACAGGUUUACACAGCUUGCCUCCUUUCUUGGUCCUUCCCAUGGCUGAGUUUCAGGCCCUCUUAUGGGACUUACUACCCCCGGCUACUUGGGUGGACCCCUGAGGACUGUGUUCCAGACAGCAAAGUGAGAGCUGGGAGGGAAAAGAGGGGCUGGUUUGGGAAGGUAAGUUCCUUGGGAACCGCAGAGUCCACUCAGCGCGUGUCCGCCCCUAGAGAGCAGCACCAGGUGACGUCUGAGGACAGCCUUGGGAGCUUGUCUGAGUAGCUGGGCUCCAUCACGGAGGGACUGUUUGCUUCUCCUUUUUUUGUGUGAGGAAGAUUGGCCCUGAGCUAACAUCUGUGCCAGUCUUCCUCUCUUUUGUAUGUGGGUUGCUGCCGCGACGUGGCUGACAAGUGGUACAGGUCCAUGACCAGGAUCCAAACCCGCAAACCCAGGCCACUAAAGCAGAGUGUGCCGAACUCAACCACCAGGACACGGAGCUGGCCCACCGUGUUUGCCUCUUAGAUGCUCUGUCUCACGUUGGAGCCCUGAACUUGCCCCUCCCCUAGCAUGGUGGCUCUUCUCCCAUCCCCGCCUGAAGAGGAGUGCACCUGGCAAGCUCUCACUCAGAACCUCCAGGGAGCACGUACAUUCUGAAGGGUCCCCAGGCUGCGCCGGUCCCCUCUCCCCAAGCACCCAGCC